AUGAAUCAUUCAGCUAUCCAGCGCAAAGCGAUUAUUAAUUCACCACUCCCACUCCGUACGUUACAGUCCGAGUCGGUUCAACUAAAUACUGGCCGGCUUCCACCGGUUACUCCUUAUAGAAGAGUUGACGGCACGAUUCGCCUCACAGAUACUUUGCUGCCGCCUUAUUCGCCAAUUAGUGAGAGGUCUGGCUCUUCAUUUUCCCAGGAAUCUACCGCGGAGCUGUGGGAAGACGUUUCGACUUCUACAGAGCCGUGGGAGAACGUUUCGAUUAGGUCUUCACCCCCUCAGACACCAGAGUCAAAGCACGAGCACGAUGACAUUCCUCGGUCUAACUUAGCGCCCCCUCGUGUAGACUUUCUCAAGCGUAAAUGUGACAACCUAGAUGAGAGCUCGAAGAAGGUCAAGCUCCAACCAGUCACACUCCCUAGUGUUUACCAUAUACUACCAGCCAAGGAGCGUGAAAGUCGUCGGCCCACUUCCCAUCACAGACACCGGAGAGUAUUGCAGACACCAAGUUCCAGCCCGGAGCCCGAAAAUGAGUACUCUCUCUCAUCACAGCCAAAGUCUCCAGCGCCAGAAGACCCCAUCGUCAAGUGGCUUAACCUCAGAAGGAAGGAAUCCAAUGGCUGUCAAGAACUCCUUUCGCAGCCCCGGGACUCAAGGGGGAAUUAUUUGAAUAUUUCCUUGAAUAUUUCCUUGAAAUUAUGCGAUCCGCAACCAGUAUUCUAUCGGGAGAAGCAGCAGUACACUUCGCAGUCCCGCGGCUAUUAUCAUCGACCCCGACCACAGCCCUCACCAUCUGAAGAAGAUCCUAAGGAAGACUGCAACAAGAAGAGUCCUCACAACAACCUCAAGUACACAACAGAAGAGGCCGAUUUUAUUCGAUUUAAUAAAUACGAGAUGAAGUUCUCGUGGGAGGAGAGCAAGCGCCUCUUUAGGAAGAAAUUUAUUAUGCCGCCUGGAAAAGAACGCUCAACCCAAGGCAUCCAAGGCAUUCACUACAGAGACAACCUGCAUCUUCCUCAUCUCGUAGAUAAGGGAAGAAGACUCGUGUUUCUACCCGAGGGACACGUAGAGGCAGUGGCUGCUAAGGUCCGAGCACAAAGGGAAGACAAGCCGUACUUCAGCCUGACCUACCUAUAUCCCGAGCGAGCCAUUCUCUACGACUGGGUGCCAUACAAGGUGAAAAUCGUGGCAGCCGAACUUGCUAAAGAGCGCGCUGCACAGAAGGAACAGGCACGACGUGAAGCGAUCCAAACGGGCAGAUGGAAGGAGAAGUUGGUGAACGGCCACUGCGCUUGCUGCUACAAGCCAGACGGCGACAGGGAGAUCCCAAAGCGCUCCUCCCCGCGCGAGCCCUCCCCAGAAGAGAGCAGAUUCGCCAUGCCCCCAAAGCUCGCAGACAACCCUCUUAAGAUUUCGCAUAUCGUCAAGACUGAGGAUGGUCUCUACGUGAAUGCUGGCUUCGGCGCCAACCACAGGUGA